CAGAAACCUUUGCGCCUUACUUAUUUCCCAGACUGGAAGGGAAAGCGGACUCUUUUAUUUCUAUAUAUCACCAGAUACACAUAUUAGAAAAAAUGCGUCUCCAUCGAAAAUGUUGGACAUUAUGUACCAUAAGUAUCAUAGUCAUUUGUUUUAAAACAAAGGAUAUAACAAGAUCGGAGCACCAGCAAACGCAAAUGGGAGAUGGAGAGGCGAUUCCAACCAGACUGAUGAUUAACACCUCCAAUAAAGCAAACCGGAAGAAUGUGCUUCCACGUUUCGAACACUCUGUGGAAGGUUGGAAAAACAAUGCGUCCUUAGUAAUCAAGAUCAGGAAGGAUAUCCUUCGCUUUUUAGAUGCUGAGAGAGAUAUAUCAGUGGUGAAAAGCAGUUUGAAACCAGGAGAUAUAAUUCAUUAUGUGCUGGACAGGCGCCGAACCCUCAACAUCUCUCACAAUUUGCACAGGCUUCUCCCUGAAGUGUCCCCGAUGAAGAACAAGCGAUUCAGUACUUGUGCAGUUGUUGGAAAUUCUGGGAUUCUUCUGGGUAGUGGAUGUGGGAAGGAGAUUGACAGUCAUGAAUUUAUAAUAAGGUGUAAUCUUGCACCCCUUGUGGAAUACGCUAAUGAUGUUGGACUCAAAUCUGAUUUUGUCACUAUGAAUCCAUCAGUCGUCCAAAGAGCUUUUGGAAGUCUUCGGAAUGAGACAGAUCGAGAGAAAUUUGUCAACAGACUGACAGUGUUGAAUGACAGUGUUCUGUGGAUCCCUGCGUUCAUGGUCAAAGGUGGGGAAAAAUACGUUGAAUAUGUAAAUGAGCUGAUUCUGAAGAACAGACUGAACAUUCAGACAGCUUACCCAUCCCUGCGGCUCAUACAUGCUGUCCGAGGAUACUGGCUGACAAACAAGAUUUACAUCAAGCGACCAAGCACUGGCUUAUUGAUGUACACGCUUGCAACUCGAUUCUGUGAUGAAAUUCACCUGUAUGGAUACUGGCCCUUCCCAAAAGAUUCAAAAGGAGCACCAGUUAAAUACCACUACUAUGACAACCUAAAGUAUAGAUAUUUUUCUAAUGCUGGGCCACAUCGGAUGCCACUGGAAUUCAAAACAUUAAAAUCUUUACAUGACAAAGGAGCUCUGAAGCUAACAACGGGGAAAUGUGUGUAACCCUAAAAGCCACAGCUAAACCCAGAGUUAGUGCAAUAUUUGCACACUAUAGAUUUUAUGUGAAAAGAUAACGCCUCAGUAAUAAUUACAACAAUGCUGUAAAGUGCCCAUUCUCCCAGCUGCGUUUACAGCCUCAGAUUGUUGUGAAGAAAUAAUAAAUAUAAUCGCACUGUGAGGAGUAAAGAUCAAGCAGUGAUGUGUUAACAAUGAUUGAAUAUUGAUUGACAGAAUGGUUCAGGCCUGUGAUCACUGUCAUCAGAAGUAGGGCUCUGCAUUUGUUGUAGCCUCAAAAGACCUGAGAAAUAAUCAGGCUUAGUGUUAACGAGAGGUCAGUAUUUGUCUUGAGCAGCUGUCUCAGCAAGCAAUCAAUGCCAAAGUGCUUUCAAGGUGUUAUACAUCUGAGCCACAGUCUCAAGUCACAACAUUCUUAUCUACUUAUGUGAAUCAGCCAAGGGUAAUAUCCGCUACAAGAGUUAUGAGAGGACUGAAGGCCUGUUAGCACUCCAGUUCGGUAUCGUUGGUAGUUUUAUAGCUCAAUGAAUGUAAAGCAGUUGUCUUAUGUAAUGUGCUGAAUGUGAACUGUAAAAAGUUAAAGGUGCCCUUUCUGCUGGUACCAAAGAUCCUGUAAGAAGUUACUUGUAAAGACUAACAUUUUGGGAAUUACUAGGGUAAAGUGUCUUGUGCAAUUACUACAUGGUUUUAGGAGGAGGACACAGGAGAUUAAAAAAGUGGACAGAAUAAAAAGCACAAGUCUGAUUUAGACAGAAGCACAGAUUACCAGAUCCUUAAAGCAUGAGGAAUUGUUUGAUUUCAAUCAAAUUAGUACAUUUCAAAAGUUCACUCAUGAACCAAUUCCUCUGCCAAGCCUUCUGAUCCAUGCUGUGAGUAGUGGAAAAACCCUACUGAUGAUGCAUUUUCUUAUUAACCACAGAACUGCCAUCAGCACCAUUUCUCCUUUCUGUAAAUAUGAUGUGAUGUAUUUGGAUCAAAUUGUAUAUUCUGUGGUCGCAUUGUAAAGAUUCUGCUUGUUUUUAAGUUAUUUGUUUAUGCAAUUCUUUAAAACUCAUCUCGGAGGAUUGCAGGUCUCCAGUGCCUGAUCCCAGUUGCUAGUGUUGAGGUGUGUCUCUUGCUACACUAACUAGACAUGUGGUUGUAGUGAAGAUCUGACAACAACACUGGGAACUGGCAAAAGUAAUUCAGGACUUUCUCAGACUUGGAACCUUGCUAUGUUUAAAAUUAUUUCUACAGAUUGUUUGCUGCAAAUAUUGGAAUAGAACCACAGUCUUCGAGUGACUUGGAAAUUACUUGAGCUACACUGCUGUUACAAUUUUAAAAAUUUACAUACACUGGAAACUUCUCAAGGCAGUUAUGCACAGGUUUUCUGGGUCUACUCAUUUGCAUUUCCAUCGAUAUAAGUGUUGGUGUGAGAAUAGCGUAAAACUGUUACAAGCAAUGAAUGGCCUGCAAACCUACGCACAGCCUUUCAAAACAAUUUUUAACAGGACUGGUUGACAAAAAGAAAAGUAAGGAGCAGUGCUCAGUAACUCUCAAAUAAUUUCUGUCUUAGCAAUUUUUAAAUUUGUAACUGAUGAGUAUCCAGAAAGCAGAAGGAUAUGGAACCAAACCAGAGACAAGGAAUGUACACUUUUAGUCAUACGUUUCAGCCAUUAUUCAUGGUUAUUGAAGGUAAGAUGAAGAGAUCCUUGUGUCUGCAUGCUUCUGAUGAGAAGCAUCUAUAACAUUGGUUUAUUUUUUUCCAAACCUAGUCUAGAAGAGAGUGCCAUAAAAAUACCAUGACCUGAGCUAAUCAAGUAAUAUAGCCUAUUUCAAACACCUCUCCUCUUGUCCAUCAUAGGCACCCUGAGACCAUUUGGGAAAGUGAUGAUCUAGUGGUAUUAUCACUGGAUAGUUGCCCCAGAUAAGAUUCUGGAGACCCAGGUUCAAAUCCUGCCAUAGCAGAUGGCAGAAUCUGAAUUUAAUUCAUAUUUGGAAUUAAAAGUCUAAUGAUGACCAUGAAUCCAUCAUCGAUUGUCAGAAAAACCUGUCUGGUUCACCAAUAUCCUUUAGAGAAGGAAACCUCCCUCCUUACCCAGUCUAGCUUACAUGUGACUCCAGACCCACAGUAAUGUAGUUGGCUCGUAACUGCGUUUUGGCAAUGAGGGAUGGCAAUAAAUGCUGCCUGGCCAGGGACAACUUCAUCCUGUGAAUGAAUAAAAAAAAACUCCUCACCUUCUGAAAACAGACUUGUUCAUUGAACCUUCAUGGUGCUCUCCUGUUCAGAGACUUCAUCAGUGGCUGUGGCAAUCCAGUUUGUCUCUCAGCAAUUUCAUGUAAAAGUUUCAAACCCCUUCCUCAACUUUAAAAGCCUCAUCUCCUCAAAUUUCUCACUUCCCUUCCUCUGCCACAUGGUGCACAGUCUUCAAUUGCUGGCAUCUUUGAAGGACUCACUGUCAAUAGCAGAGCAUUGGAAACAGGGGUUUCUCCAAUCAUAAAUAUUGCAGGCUGUCCAAGAAGGAAUCCUGGAGUUCUUUCCAUGGAGAGUGUUCAGCAUGGCGGAUCUUAGUCACACUGGCUUACUGACUGAACGACUACUCUGCAGUCAUGGCAUCACCUCCUCCACGUUCUUCAUUCUGAGCAGGUGGCGCUCAAGUAUUCAAAUCUUCUGCCCACUUUCCCUGUAUAUCCAUCUCAGAAGCAUAUACAAGGAGGAGGUGAUGGGGAAUAAAAAGCGAAACAUGUCAACUGGGAGUCAGAGUUGCAAGGUAAUGCUAUUCUUUAGGAUAGCAGUAUGUAGCAGCUCCCCAGUUGAUUCCUCAUAAAAUUACAGCAAUGGACAAUAAGAGGCAGUACCAAGACUCAAGCUGGCAUGAAGGCCAUCAGUGACAUGAGUCCCCUAUAUGGCCCUUAUAUGCAACCACUUCCAAUGACCCUGACUCUCAGUACCUAGAUUAAGCAGGAUAAUAGAUAAGAGGCACAUGUAAACUUCCAGCAGAGCCACUGUGUUAAGGAAAAUGGAUAAAUUGGCAUAAAGUGAAAUGUGUACUUACAUGGCAUUCCAUUGCUGUGGCUGAAGUCAAACAGGAAAGUUUGUACUUAGGAAGUUCUAAUGUCACAGAAACAGUUAUCCAGGAAUGUAAAGGAUUGAGAGCCACAUUGUCUGGGGGAGGGGGUGUGGGGGGUGGGUUGGUGAGGGUGGAUUUAGAGAGAUGCUGCAUUAUUUGAAACAGAAUGAAGGGAGUACAGUUGCAAUGCUAAGGGUAGACUUUAUUCCCCCAAAAAAGGGAAAUAGUAUGAUAUAACAUGUAGUAUCAUGUUCUGUAAAUGUUGGCAUUUUUUUUUGAUACUGUAGGCUGUUCAUUAUAAUUUAUACAGAGUAUACCUAUUAAGAAUGCCUUCACUUGCUCCUGAAAAGUCCUGACUGAGGUAAUAUUUGGGAGCAGUCUGAUACUCUGGUGGUAUCAGAGAUUUCCAAGUAAGAAUCAGUUAGAGGCAAAUUCAAUUGUCUGCAGGCAAAGCAAGCUGCUAUACAAAAUGUUCUACCUGCAGAAAUUUAUAUUCAGCUAUCUUUAUAUUUUAUUGUCAGGAACUCCUCAUUUCCAUCUUAAUCAGCUGGACCAGGGGAUUAUUCGGAGAAAUCAGAAAUGAGUCAAAAGGAAAAAUAGCUGUAAACUGUUAUAAAAGUGAGUAAAUUUGUGGUUUUGAAGAAAACUGAUUAUUGCAGUUAUUCACACAUCAGGAUUUACCUUACUUGGAAAUAUAAAGAAAAAUAUUUUGCUUAAUCCAGCUAAAAGGAAAAGCAAGGCUUGUCCACAGAUGUCUGCUGCCUUCCUCAAGAAAACUGAAUUGCUUUGAAAUCAUCUUGAGCUGUAAACAAACAAAGUGUAUGUGUCAUGACACCCAACUGUGAAAUAUCCUUUAUUCUUGCAGGUUAAUGUCCUGUUUUAUAUAUAUGUUUUAUUUAUGAGUCCUGGAAGCUUUAUUACAUUUUGUUACAAUUCUGUGUAAAAGCAAAUAAAGGUUUUAAUAAGGUUUACUUUCAAA